GUGUUCAGUACAAGCAUUUGCCUCCCUACUAUUGUCAACCAACUCCCGUGGCCGUCAAGGUUCCACCUCCAGCGGUAUGGCCUCGUUAUGUAAAACUUUCGCGUUGUAUGGGUUCUGUCUACAGCUUAGGUCCAUUUGAAUGCGGAGUAACAAAAAAAGCACAUUUUCACUUAAAUGCGACAUUUCCUCGGGGAACUGUUCCUAUGACCAACCAUACAGCAUGUGGUGUGCAGUGCAUUGUGAAAAAAGAGGACUGCAACAACGCUACACAAAGCCAUGACCCAAGAUCAUGCCAGUGCAUUUGUCGAGACAAUUUUAAAUGCCCAUCAGGAAAGGUACGAGAUUUAUAAUUAGAAUACUCUGAUUCUAUAAACUGACUAUUUUAUUAUAUUAGAGGCAGGAGCGCCGGAGGCGGCCCCCACGUGGCCCAAACAGUGCAUGCGAAGCGGGAGCCAGCGUUUUUACAAGAACUGCACUUCGAAAGUUGUCCGUUUAUGAGGUUGAGCAGGAUAUCAAAAUUAUUCCGACCGAGGUCAUAUGGUCAUUUACUACGGCCACCAAAUUUGUCCCCGAAAAACGACAAGACAAUACAUUUUCGAUUUACACUUCACAACUUUUGCCUAAAUCUGUUGCAUGAAACCUGUUUACAGCUUCAGUUGUCCUGUGUAAAUUCAGUGAGCUCAAUAUAUAUUAGGAGCGAAAAGAUUUUAUUGUUGUUUGUCUGUUUAGAUAUGGGAUACAAAUUAUUGCAAGUGCAAAUGCAAGCAAAUUGGGCCAUGCACUGGUUACGAAGACGUCAAAAAAUGGAGUGACGCGACUUGCAAAUGUGAAUGUCAAGACAAGGUUGUGAAAAAGUGCCAGGCUGCAGGAAACGGCAAGUCCUUGAAUCCCGACACUUGUAAAUGCGUAUCGGUCGGGUGA